AUGGAGGGCCCAAUCAUUGCCGAGUUCAGCAGCCUCAACGCCUUGAAUCAAAAGGCCUUUUUGCCUCCCUUCACGGAAGGCCUUCGUCCUGGACACCUCACCGAUAGGUCCUUUGAUCGGCCGCGAGGGGGUGAUGAUCUGGCAGCUCCGCACUCCCAACGGGAAAGGCUUCUGAGGGGAGAGUCGACCUACACGACCUCGAGCGGUAUCAACGAGCACUUCAUUGAGGACCAGCACGGAACUCUGUUGGCUUUGACGCACUUGCUGCCGAAAGCUUCCAGUACAGAGGAACGGGAACGGCUUUUGCGAAGACUGGAGAUGUGUGCGAAGGCCAGAGAGGAAUCGACCAAGAUCAUGAGCAUCCGGUUUGCUCAACGCGAUGCCGUGAAGCACGACAUGAAGCAAGACAGGCGUGUCUACCUGGACCGCUUGUUAGCCUCGCAGCGUGAACGAGACGAGCGCUGGGCCAGGAGAUCGGGCUGCAUAAGAGCCCCUUCGCCGUGGACCUCGUGGCGGAAGAUCAACGUAUCUCCGAGGAGAACCGCGUGCGACAGCUAG